UCGUCUUUCUCAUCCCUGCAUCUCUAUCAUUCUUGACAUCUGCCAAUCUAUUUGAGUCCAAGAAUCCAAUCGUUGUCUUCUUGUGUCCUCUAUCUUCUUGUGUCCUUUAUCUCUCUUGAUAUCUUUUAUUUCCAUUUAGUUAUCUUUUGUUUUUCACUCCAUAUAAUAGUUCUUUUUACAUAUAACGGAUUCCCAACUACUUCACUAAUGAAUAACUUAACUGCUUGUAAAUUAGAACACAACCAGAAUAAAUAUGAUUGUAUAUAAUAACAGGUGAUCUCUAAAUUUAUAAUCAUUAUGUUAUUCUAUCUUUUUUCAAUUCAAAAUCAACUUUAAAAUGCUUGUAAGAAUUAUAAUAGUUUGGAGCUUGAGAAUCCUAAAUGCUAACAUGGAAAGUGGACAUACACUGAGGAGAAAAGGUAUGGCCAAUAGAAGUGGACUUAAAGUUUAUGAACCAGUUGGGUGGGAAUUGAAGCCAAUUGGCAGAGAUAGUGAUCAUAUAUCCAACUGCCUUGGUGAAAUUGUGGAGGCUUUCUGUUUGCCGCUAGCUGCAAACUCAGGGCUGGAAGCUGAGAUGAAGGCUCUGUUGGAAGGUAUCCUGAGGGCUAAGAGCUAUGGUAGGCAUUUAUGGAUGGAAACGAAUGCAGAAAUAUUGUGUUCAAUCCUAGAUAAGGGUCACAUCUUGGGCCGGCAGAGACGAGACACACCAUGAUAGAUAUAAGAAUCGCACUAAGAGUCUCACUAGGAGGAUAACACAUAUCCGGAGAGAAGGCAACAAAGCGGCUGACUUGCUGGCGUCUCUUGGAAAGGAGAGUGUGGAGCCAAAGAGAUGCAUAGGAAGGUCAGCCCCCGGCCACAGUGAGAGCCUUGGUGAGACUUGACAUUCUUGGCUGUUUUGGUUGCGUGGUGAGGAUAGUUUUGAUUUUGUUCUUUCUUUCUGUCUAGUUACUUGAGCAUAGAUUUUUGUUCUUUCAUUAUGUAUAGUUUCUUGGGCACUCCACUUUUGGCUUUUGGCUUUGUCGAAUUGUAAUAAUUGGAUUUUUGUUAUUCAAAUUUAGCAUUUUA